CGGUGCGUGCCGGAGCCCAUGAAUUGCUCCGAGAGCGCCCGGCGAGGCUGCGCCGCGGCCGCGGGCUCCGGGCACGAUGCAGAAGAGCGUGCGGUACAACGAGGGGCACGCCCUGUACCUGGCGCUGCUGGCCCGCAAGGAGGGCACCAAGCGCGGCUACCUCAGCAAGAAGACGGCGGAGACCAACCGCUGGCACGAGAAGUGGUUCGCCCUCUACCAAAACGUGCUCUUCUACUUCGAGGGCGAGCAGAGCGCCCGCCCCGCCGGCAUGUACAUGCUGGAGGGCUGCAACUGCGAGCGGGUGCCCGCUCCCAAGGGAUGCGCCGCGGGCAGCGCCAAGGAUGCCGCGCUGGACAAGCAGCAUUACUUUACUGUUCUCUUUGGCCAUGAGGGGCAGAAGCCACUGGAGCUGCGCUGUGAGGAUGAGGUUGAUGGAGAUGAGUGGGUAGAAGCUAUUCACCAAGCGAGCUACUCAGACAUCCUGAUCGAGCGGGAGGUGCUGAUGCAGAAGUACAUCCACCUGGUGCAGAUCGUGGAGACCGAGAAGGUGGCGGCCAACCAGCUCCGGCACCAGCUGGAGGACCAGGACACGGAGAUCGAGAGGCUCAAGUCAGAGAUUGUAGCACUGAAUAAAACAAAGGAAAAAAUGCGACCUUAUCAAGGCAACCAGGAAGAUGAAGAUCCAGAUAUAAAAAAAAUUAAGAAGGUUCAGAGCUUUAUGCGGGGCUGGUUGUGCAGAAGAAAAUGGAAAACCAUUGUCCAAGAUUAUAUUUGUUCUCCUCAUGCAGAGAGCAUGAGGAAGAGGAACCAGAUAGUUUUCAACAUGGUGGAGGCUGAGUCUGAGUAUGUGCACCAGCUUUAUGUCCUGGUGAACUGUUUCCUGCGGCCCCUGAGGAUGGCAGCGAGCUCCAAGAAGCCGCCCAUCAGCCACGACGAUGUCAGUAGCAUUUUCCUCAACAGUGAAACAAUCAUGUUUCUUCAUGAGAUAUUUCACCAGGGCUUAAAAGCAAGAAUAGCUAACUGGCCUACCUUAAUUCUAGCUGACUUAUUUGACAUUCUGCUGCCAAUGCUGAACAUAUAUCAAGAAUUUGUUCGGAAUCAUCAGUACAGCCUACAAGUGCUGGCAAACUGUAAACAAAACAGAGAUUUUGACAAACUCUUGAAGCAAUAUGAAGCCAACCCAGCAUGUGAGGGCCGAAUGCUGGAAACUUUCCUUACCUACCCCAUGUUUCAGAUUCCCAGAUAUAUUAUAACACUUCAUGAACUCUUGGCUCAUACACCACACGAACACGUUGAGAGAAAGAGCCUUGAAUUUGCUAAAUCUAAACUAGAAGAACUUUCAAGAGUGAUGCACGACGAGGUGAGUGACACAGAGAACAUCCGGAAGAACCUGGCCAUAGAGAGGACCAUAGUGGAGGGCUGUGACAUACUGCUAGACACCAGCCAGACCUUUAUACGCCAAGGUUCCCUUAUCCAGGUCCCCUCAGUUGAGAGGGGAAAGCUGAGUAAAGUUCGCCUGGGCUCGUUGUCCUUGAAGAAAGAAGGAGAAAGACAAUGCUUCUUAUUUACAAAACACUUCUUAAUUUGUACAAGAAGUUCAGGAGGAAAACUGCAUCUUCUUAAGACAGGAGGUGUUCUGUCUCUAAUAGAGUGCACACUUGUUGAGGAGACAGAAGCGAGUGAUGAUGAUUGUAAGUUAAAUUCAGCUGUCAGUACAAAGGGCUCGGGGCAGGUGUUUGGACACCUGGAUUUCAAGCUGAUAGUGGAGCCCUCGGAUGGUCCUCCUUUCACUGUGGUCCUUUUGGCCCCGUCACGGCAGGAGAAAGCCGCGUGGACCAGCGACAUCAGCCAGUGCAUUGAUAAUAUAAGGUGCAAUGGAUUAAUGACAAUAGUGUUUGAGGAAAACUCCAAAGUCACAGUGCCACAUAUGAUCAAAUCUGAUGCCCGUCUCCACAGAGAUGACAUUGACAUUUGCUUCAGCAAAACGCUGAAUUCCUGCAAGGUGCCCCAGAUCCGCUACGCGAGCGUGGAGCGGCUCUUGGAGCGGCUGACGGACCUGCGGUUCCUGAGCAUCGACUUCCUCAACACCUUCCUGCACACCUACCGCAUCUUCACCACCGCUGCCGUGGUCCUGGAGAAGCUCUCUGACAUCUACAGGCGUCCCUUCACCUCCAUUCCCGUCAGGUCUUUGGAGCUGUUCUUUGCCACCAGCCAGAACAACAGAGGGGAGUACCUGGCUGAUGGGAAGUCGCCACACCUCUGCCGCAAGUUCUCCUCUCCUCCUCCCCUGUCACUCUCCAGGACCUCCUCACCUGCCAGGACCCGAAAACUGUCCCUGACCUCCCCGCUGAACUCCAGGAUCGGUGCCCUGGACCUCUCGGCCUCGUCUGUGGCCAGCAGCCCCACCUCGAGCUACAGCCCGGCCACGUCCCCGCCGCCCACGGGCAGCAAGGCGCCGCUGGACCUGAGCCGGGGGCUGUCGUCCCCCGAGCAGAGCCCGGGCUCGGCCGAGGACAGCCUGGAGAACCCACGCCUGGACCUCUGCAACAAGCUGAGGAGGAGCAUCCGCAGAGCAGGGGUUCUGGAGUCUGUGUCAGUGGACAGGACCAUUCCUGAGAGCAGCUCGGUGGUGGACACUGCAGAGCUGUCCCCGUGCAGGUCGCCCUCGACGCCGCGCCACCUCCGCUACCGGCAGCCGGGAGUGCAGACUGCUGACAACAGCCACUGCUCCGUGUCUCCUGCUUCUGCCUUUGCCAUCGCCACAGCUGCAGCUGGGCACGGGAGCCCGCCAGGGUUCAACAACUCGGAGCGCACGUGCGACAAGGAGUUCAUCAUCCGCAGGGCCGCCACCAACCGCGUGCUCAACGUGCUGCGCCACUGGGUGUCCAAACACUCGCAGGAUUUUGAGCUGAACAACGAGCUGAAAAUGAACGUGUUAAAUUUGCUGGAGGAAGUUUUGAGAGACCCUGACCUUCUGCCACAAGAAAGGAAAGCUACUGCAAACAUACUGAGGACUCUUUCUCAGGAUGAUCAAGACGACAACCAUUUGAAAAUAGAGGAUAUCAUCCAGAUGCCAGACUGCCCCAAGCCCGAGAGCUUCGAGACGCUGUCGGCCAUGGAGCUGGCGGAGCAGAUCACCCUGCUGGACCACGUCGUGUUCCGCAGCAUCCCCUACGAAGAGUUCCUUGGGCAGGGCUGGAUGAAAGUGGAUAAAAAUGAGAGAACGCCCUAUAUUAUGAAAACUAGUCAACAUUUUAAUGAUAUGAGCAACCUGGUGGCCUCGCAGAUCAUGAGCUACGCCGAGGCGCCCUCGCGGGCCAGCGCCAUCGAGAAGUGGGUGGCGGUGGCCGACAUCUGCCGCUGCCUGCACAACUACAACGGCGUGCUGGAGAUCACCUCAGCCCUCAACAGAAGUGCCGUCUACAGGCUGAAGAAAACCUGGGCAAAGGUGUCCAAACAGACAAAAGCACUCAUGGACAAGCUUCAGAAGACUGUGUCAUCUGAAGGAAGAUUUAAAAACCUGAGAGAAAUGCUCAAAAACUGUAACCCACCUGCUGUUCCCUACCUGGGGAUGUACCUGACUGACCUGGCGUUUAUCGAGGAAGGAACACCCAACUUCACUGAGGAAGGCCUUGUCAAUUUUUCCAAAAUGAGAAUGAUCUCCCACAUUAUCAGGGAAAUCCGCCAGUUCCAGCAGACCUCCUACCGCAUCGAGCACCAGCAGAAGGUCACUCACUACCUGCUGGACAAGAGCCUGAUCAUCGACGAGGACACCUUGUACGAGCUGUCGCUGAAGAUCGAGCCGCGGCUCCCCGCCUGAGGCACCCGUGCAGGGCCUGCAGCCAGCCCUGGGACAGGCAGCACAUCCUGCACCAGUCUGAGGAGAAUGACAGCUCUCUUUUCCACUGAGAGACACACAGUCUCACAGCCUUUCCCUCUCAGGCAACACACACCAGUGUUGGAGGCGAAGGACAGCGACCCUUCCUACCCGGCUUCAGCGAUUUCUGCUUUGCAAAGAUCACGCUUGGCAUUAGGGAGCAGGAUUUCCUGGGAAACAGGAGACUUUCCUGUGAACAGGCACUCACUGCAGCCAUCUCACAUGACAAAACAAGGGUACAGAUUUAAAUGGUGGCAGUGUGCUCAGGUGUGCUAGGAUAAAUAAGCGAAGUGAGGUGGCUGGGUUGAUUUAUGUGUUCACUGAGGCAGUAAUGGCUUGUGUGUCCUCUUUGUGUUAAUUUCAUCGCCAAACCUGGAUUUUAGCACUCAUCUAAUGCUUGGAGUGAUGUUAAGACAGCAUCUAGUAACUUUAGAUCUGCAGUUGUUUGAAACACCUGCUGUACAUUUAAUGCUGCUCUUUAUGAAAAAUUUUCUUCUUUCAGUGUCUCGUCAGCCUUUUCUAAGGCGACUGAUUGUAUCUAUAAAAAUGAUUUGUAAAUAUCUUUUUUCAUCAGUGGGAGUAUUUGCAGCAUGGAGAGCAAAUGGACUGGUGGAAUAGUUGUAAAUAGCUGCCAGCUGGGAAGGUGAGGGACCCAGAGGGGUGGUGCAGGGGAUGGAGAGUCACGCUGCACACAGCCCUGGAAGAGGCACUUUAUUUUCCUGCACCUCCUGCAGCUUCUCUGACAAGUCAGGCUACAGAGCACUUUUCUGGACACACUGUGGAGAGAAAUACAUGUCUGUCUGGCAGCAGGUGGUGAUCAGCAGUGAGCACUCAGAGCUGGAGUGACAGUUUUGUUUUAUGUGGAAUCGGUGGUUUGAAAAAUGUCCUUUUUUUUUUUUUUUUUUUUUUUUUUUUAUUUUGUUCAGCCAUUUGGCACUGAUUUAGCUGUAAAACUGAACGUGUCAGUGGCAAACUCUGAAUGCCAGCAAACACAAAAGUGUGUAUUUUUAUCUGAGCUGGUAAUUAUCACUUGCAUACGUUUGAGAAAAUGUGCUGUUUGUAAAUGUUUUCAGAGCCUGCUUUUGUGACGUUCCAGGUAGAUCGAUGUCAUUUCUAUGUCAUUUCUACAGUAGCUGGUGCUUCUUGCAUUUUCCUCAUCCAGAGUGGCCUGUUGUAGCUGCAUGGGAAGUGAGCUCAAAUGCUGUAAAGGGCAUCGUAGUACAAAACACAGGUGUUAGCACUGUUGAAAACAAAAAUUGGCUGGAAAAGUGUCCUUACUUUUCCAAUGAAACUCAGCCAGUUGAAGAAAUAGGGCUAUAUCACCGUAUACCUCCCUUAAAUCCUCUCAGGGAGACAGAUGUUCAAAACAGAUUGUGACUUAGGCCUAUUUGAUCUGACUUAUCUUACACAGUCGUGAUGCUUCUUAGCGCUGGUGAUGAAAAAUGGACCUGCCUGGCUUGUGGUUUUUGUCUUUAUUUGCACUUUAAUGACAUUGCUGGCCCAGCCCAGAGCUGCACAAUGAGUUCCAUUCGUUCUGUCUGCGUGUGACCGCCAGCAUCUACAAAUGUACCUUAGCAACUGUAAAUUUCAUUAAGGUCCUUCUCCACAAGGACCAUCUUGUAAAUAACUGCAUGGGGAGGUGUCACAGAUACUGGAAAAUUCCUCCAUUAGAAAAGCAGACAGCAGGAGAGAAGGAAAUGCUGUAGGAACACUUUAAAUAGUUCUGGCUAAUGAUUGCUGUAGAAGUGUUACUUAUAGAAGCUUUUUCUUGUAAAAAAUGUGGUUUUUCCUUUUGACUAAUGAUUGAUAAGGAGCUGAUUGCAUCCCAGUGCAUGAUGUGAGGAAAAAAUCCCACAAAAAAAGAGCAUGGUUUAUUUGGACCACAAAACCAAGUGACUGUGUAUUUCCUGUACAAUAGCAGGACUCCAUUCAGUAGUUCCAUAAAACACUUUGAAGUAAUGGAGCAACAAGGGGAAACGUGGUCCAAAAAAAGUGAUUUCUGUUUGGUUUUGUUGCUUCUUUGUUGACAAAGAAAACGUGUAACAGCU